CAGAGCAUUAUAAAAGAUGGUACGGGAGUAUAGAUGCCAGUAGAUUGAAAGCUUAGCUAGCGUUGAUAACUCUCCAGGUCGCAAUCAAGAUGAAGGCUGUGUGUGUUCUUGUGAUUGUGGCUUCGUUCGUGGCGUGCUCGGAGGCACAAGACUUUCUUUCACUGAUGAUGUUAUCAAACAUGCUCGGAGGAGGAAACGAGUCGCCCGGUCGUUCUGGGUAUUCCCAAGGUGGGGGUGCCGGCGCCGGCGCCGGCGCCGGCGCCGGGUCCGCUGGCUCAAACGCUGCUUCUAAGGCUUCUUAUGGCGGGGCGAGCCAAGGCGGUCGUGGAGGUGGUGAAAAUGGAUUUAUGCAAAUGGGAGCAGUGACGGGACAAUUCGGAGAUAUGAUGCGUGAUAUGUCGUUAUGCGCCAUGUUAAGAGGAUCUGCAGGUGUUUAUGAGAUGUGUCGCAUGCAAGCCAUGGGUUUUAUGUAACAUGUCGUGUGGCCAAACUCGUGACACUUUGCGCUAUAACGGCCUUGCGCGCGCCAGCUAGUUCAACCUUGCUGCCAUGACGACAUCUUCCGACAAGAAAAGCCUUAUCAUCAGCAUCAGUCAUUAAGCUUUCUACUCAAGGCUCCAUGUGACUGAAUACCAUUUCCUUUAAUGCUUCGUUUAUGUCAUAUCAAUUUGCUACUUAGCACCUUUUUUGAAUUUCAGUUCUGUAUUCUUAGUUUUGAUGUUACCUCAUAUGUUUUGCCCGGUAUUUCAGGUAAUUUGCUAAGGCAUGGUAGACUUGUGUAAAUGUUAAACGUCUAACCAAAACAAGUUUAUUGGACUUAAAAAUGCCUAAUUACAUUCAUGUGCGCUUGAAAGAAAGAACAGAAGUUGUCAUGCAAAAACACAUUUUACGACGUAUUAAAAUUUUAAGAUGUACACAAUAUGUUAAAUUGGAUAUGGUGGCAUAAUGUGCUAAUAUAUUCAAAAUACACCUCUAAAGGUGAAGUCAACAACAGCAGCAAACGUUGGUCGAAUACCUUUAAUUGUAUCAUUCUGUUUAAAUGUAUUUGCCUGAAAAUCGAAAAAAAAAUCAGUUUAAGCUGACAUAUAUGUAUGAUAUACUAUGGAUACAGAUGUUAUAUGUCUCAUUUCGUACAUUUAUCAUAAAACUGUUUGUGUUAAUAUGUACCGUUUGAUCGGUUUAUUUUGACAUAUUCUUAUUAUGAAUAAAUCUGAACGGGU